AUGGGGCACUCGGCAGAUUUAGAAAUUGGAAACACGGCGGUGAAGAGGUGGCAGUUUCCAGGAUGUGGGAACAUAGUGACGUUCUCCCAGUUCCUAUUUAUUGCGGUGGAAGGCUUUAUCUUCGAAGCCAAUUUUGGGAGGAAGAGGCCGGCCAUACCAAUAAGGUACUAUUUCAUCAUGGUCGCCAUGUUCUUCACUGUCAGUGUGGUGAAUAACUAUGCCCUGAACUUAAAUAUCGCCAUGCCGCUGCACAUGAUCUUCAGAUCAGGUUCUCUCAUAGCCAGCAUGGCUCUAGGUAUCAUCAUUUUGAAGAAAAGGUACAGCGUAUCUAAAUACACGUCCAUAGCCCUGGUGUCCCUGGGGAUCUUUACCUGCACUUUCAUGUCUGCAAAGCAAGUGGCGUCUGACUCCAGCUUAAAUGAAGAGGACGGACUCCAGGUUUUCUUGUGGUGGCUGCUAGGUAUUGCUGCGCUCACCUUCGCCCUCCUCAUGUCUGCCAGGAUGGGGAUUUUCCAGGAGACGCUGUACAAGCAGUUUGGGAAGCACUCCAAAGAGGCCCUUUUUUACAAUCACGCAUUACCACUCCCUGGCUUUCUCCUCCUUGCCCCAAACAUCUACCACCAUGCAGUCCUCUUCAGCCAGUCUGAGCUGUUCCAGGUCCCGGUGAUCGGGCUGACCCUGCCCAUCAUGUGGUUCUACCUCCUCAUGAACGUCGUCACUCAAUACGUCUGCAUCCGAGGCGUCUUCAUCCUCACCACGGAGUGCACCUCCCUCACCGUCACGCUGGUGGUGACGCUGCGCAAGUUCGUCAGCCUCAUCUUCUCCAUUCUCUACUUUCGCAACCCCUUCACGGCCUGGCACUGGCUGGGCACCGCCUUCGUCUUCGUGGGGACUCUCAUGUACACGGAGGUGUGGAACAGCCUCGGGCCCUUCCUGGCCCGCUGGAGGAAGAGGCCGAAGGAGGAAUAA